UUGGAUUUACAGGGCGGACCGGAAGGACUCUAGAGAAGUCUGCACCAUGGCGGGUCCUGUCAGCUUGAAAGAGCUUCUAAUGGGAGCUGCAGCCUGGACUGGCCCUGAAAGUCCCGAAGGGUCCCCUGCAGAGGGUGGGGCGAGCGUGGCUAGCGGACCGGAGCCUCCUUGGCGUGAGGAUGAGAUCUGCGUGGUGGGAAUCUUCGGUAAAACGGCUCUGCGGCUGAAUUCCGUCAAGUUCUCCCUUGUGAACACGGUGUGCGAUCGACAGAUCUUUCCCCUUUUUCGCCACCAAGAUCCCGGGGACCCAGAACCGGCAAUCAGGACCGAGUCUGGCGCUGCUGGGGAGGCUGGUGAAGCCGGGGACCCUGGCGCUGGGGCCGGGGAUCCAGGUGUAGCUGCCGCGGAAGGUAACCGAACUGAGCCAGGUUCCCAGGACUACAGCCUUCUGCAGGCCUAUUACAAUCAGGAAAGCAAAGUUCUGUACCUUCUUCUCACUUCAAUCUGUGAUAACUCCCAGCUUCUGCGGGCUUGUCGGGCCCUUCAGAGCGGGGAAGCUGGAGGUGGUCUCUCUUUACCUCAUGCAGAAGCACACGAGUUCUGGAAGCAUCAAGAGAAGCUGCAGUGCCUCAGUCUCCUUUACCUUUUCUCCGUCUGUCACAUUCUGCUGCUGGUCCAUCCCACUUGUUCCUUUGACAUCACCUAUGAUCGAGUGUUCAGAGCGCUGGAUGGACUGAGACAGAAAGUAUUGCCCCUCCUCAAAACAGCCAUUAAGGAUUGUCCAGUUGGCAAAGAUUGGAAGCUAAACUGCCGACCUUGCCCACCUAGACUCCUUUUCCUCUUCCAACUCAAUGGAGCCCUCAAGGUGGAACCCCCUCGCAGCCAAGACCCAGCUCAUCCAGACAAGCCCAAGAAGCAUUCUCCCAAAAGGAGACUGCAGCAUGCCCUAGAGGACCAGAUCUAUCGAAUCUUCCGGAAAAGUCGAGUUUUGACCAAUCAGAGUAUCAACUGUCUCUUUACUGUUCCUGCCAACCAAGCUUUUGUGUACAUAGUUCCCGGAAGCCAGGAGGAGGACCCAGUAGGCAUGUUGCUGGACCAACUUAGGAGUCAUUGUACCGUGAAGGACCCAGAAUCUUUGCUGGUGCCUGCACCCCUCUCUGGGCCCAGGCGAUACCAAGUGAUGAGGCAGCACAGCCGACAGCAGCUUUCCUUCCACAUUGACAGCAGCAGUUCCAGUUCUUCAGGGCAGCUAGUGGAUUUUACUCUUCGGGAAUUUCUAUGGCAGCACGUGGAGCUAGUUCUAAGCAAGAAAGGUUUUGAUGACAGUGUGGGAAGGAACCCACAGCCUUCCCAUUUUGAGCUUCCCACUUAUCAGAAGUGGAUCUCAGCAGCUUCAAAACUGUAUGAAGUAGCUAUUGAUGGGAAAGAGGAGGACCUAGGGUCUCCCACUGGGGAGCUAACAUCUAAGAUUUUAAGCAGUAUUAAAGUUUUGGAAGGGUUUUUGGAUAUUGACACCAAAUUCUCAGAAAACCGGUGCCAAAAAGCUUUACCCAUGGCUCAUAGUGCUUAUCAGUCAAAUUUGCCUCAUAAUUAUACAAUGACUGUCCAUAAGAAUCAGCUUGCUCAGGCUCUUCGAGUGUACAGUCAACAUGCUAGGGGGCCAGCCUUCCACAAAUACGCUAUGCAGUUACAUGAAGACUGCUACAAAUUUUGGAGUAAUGGCCAUCAGCUCUGUGAGGAGAGGAGUUUAACUGAUCAACACUGUGUACAUAAAUUUCACUCAUUACCUAAAUCAGGAGAAAAACCAGAGGCUGAUAGAAAUCCUCCUGUGCUAUAUCACAAUAGCCGAGCCCGGUCUACUGGUGCCUGUAACUGUGGAAGGAAACAAGCACCUCGAGAUGAUCCCUUUGAUAUUAAGGCAGCUAACUAUGACUUUUACCAGCUUCUGGAAGAAAAAUGUUGUGGAAAAUUGGAUCAUAUCAAUUUCCCAGUAUUUGAACCAAGUACUCCAGAUCCUGCUCCUGCCAAAAAUGAAUCUUCUCCUGCCCCUGCAGAUGCAGAGGCUGAUAAACUUAAAGAAAAAGAACCUCAAACCCAAGGGGAGAGCACAAGCCUAAGUUUAGCUUUGAGUUUAGGCCAGUCCACAGAUAGUUUAGGUACUUAUCCAGCAGAUCCACAAGCUGGGGGAGAUAAUCCAGAAGUUCAUGGUCAAGGAGAAGUAAAAACUGAGAAGAGACCAAACUUGGUUGAUAGACAGGCAUCCACAGUUGAGUAUCUGCCAGGCAUGCUCCAUUCAAACUGCCCUAAAGGUCUCCUUCCCAAGUUCUCCAGCUGGUCUUUGGUUAAACUGGGCCCUGCUAAGUCUUACAACUUUCAUACAGGUUUAGAUCAACAGGGCUUUGUUCCGGGAACAAACUAUCUUAUGCCUUGGGACAUUGUCAUCAGGACUAGAGCUGAAGAUGAAGGUGACUUAGACACAAAUUCUUGGCCUGCUCCAAAUAAAGCUAUUCCUGGAAAGAGAAGUGCAGUUGUAAUGGGAAGAGGAAGACGGCGAGAUGACAUAGCUCGGGCAUUUGUGGGCUUUGAAUAUGAAGACUCUCGAGGUCGGAGGUUUAUGUGCUCAGGACCUGACAAAGUAAUGAAAGUAAUGGGAAGUGGGCCAAAGGAAUCAGCUUUAAAAGCCCUGAAUAGUGAUAUGCCCUUAUAUAUUCUGUCAUCUUCUCAGGGAAGAGGGCUAAAACCACAUUAUGCUCAACUUAUGAGGCUUUUUGUUGUUGUUCCUGAUGCGCCUUUACAGAUAAUCCUAAUACCUCAGGUUCAACCAGGCCCACCACCAUGUCCAGUAUUCUACCCAGAAAAACAAGAAAUCACUCUCCCACCUGAUGGUCUCUGGGUUUUGAGAUUUCCUUAUGCAUAUGUGACUGAGAGAGGACCUUGUUUCCCUCCAAAGGAAAACGUGCAGUUGAUGAGUUACAAGGUGCUCCGUGGGGUCCUUAAAGCAGUAACACAAUAAGUGUUUUCCAGCUAGUCCUAAACUUGAGCUGGUUUUUGGUUAUGUUAUGUAUGGGCUAUUUUUUUGGUAUGUGUAUACUCUGUUUUCUUGAACCCAAAAUGUAUUUGGGUAACAGGAGUUCAGUAUUUGGACAAUAAUUUUUCCACUAUUUCAUGAUAUUGUGAUAUUUAUUGUAAAUGGGGUGAUAACUUCCUAAUAUUGCUUAUUUUAGAAUAGAACAUAAAAUACAUGACUGAUACCUGUUUUCUCAUUUCUGUUUCACUGUCCAUAAUAAAACUUUUUUUUCUAUCAUGUUGAACCAAAACUUUGUUUUUGCUAAAACGUGUUUUAGCUGGGAUUUUCUUUAAGAUGUUGCUCCUGAAAUUAUCUUCAAAACAAGAUGACUCAAUAGGUUAUCUGAUAAAGGUAUGUGAACAUAACUGCAAAAAAAGCCCAAUUGUUUGGCUCACAAUUCUGGUACCUGAGUUCGAUUGUUUUGUUCUUACCAUUUUAUUCUCAGACUGAUGAGAUGUCAUAUUUUAAAUGAAUUCUAUCUGAAUUCAACUUUUAAUCCAGAAUAUUAAUACACACUUUAAAAAUCCCUAUACUAUACUGUGAAACAACUUUCCAACUGAUACAGAUCUUAAUAAUCUAUAGUAACUUUCACCAGCUUCAACAUGGUGACACUGGUAGAUCACCAAUUAGAUAAGUGUGCAAAAUAAGUUAACGUACCAAAAUUCAAGUAUGAUUGAUUAUAUUUCCCUGGAAUACAUUGAUUUUGAAAUGCUGAGCAAAUAGAAUUGGAGAGUUUAGUCUCAUUAUAUCUAAAAUACACUAUUUGUUUAAUACGUAUGGCUACCAGCUUAAAGCAGUUACUUAGGUUUUUAUUUUAAAAUAUCUAGGGAGAAACAUGGAACUGGCAGCCAAUUUAAAACUAAAUUAAUUAGAUGUAUUUUUAUGCCCCUUUCACUAUAUAGUUUGACUAGAACAAGAAGAAUGUGAACCAAUAUGAAAGUCAUCAUCUUCCUUGUUUUCUUUUAUAAUUUUCAUUCCUUUCAUAUCAGUUUUAAAAACCACAAUUGCUUUCAUACUAAGCAUACUUUUUGGUUGGUUUUAUUAAAUAGCACACUGCAUUUGGGAAAUGCAAGUAGAUUGUUCUGUAGGACAUGCACUAAUAGUUAUUUUUUUAAUAGCCUCUAAGACUUGAAUAACAGGUAUGUAAACUUGUAGGUCAAGCUUGAACCUAUUGUUUGUUUAGGCAUUUCUUUGAGGUAUUUCUUACAGAAAAAUGUAAGAAAGUAGUUUGUAAGUGUCAGAAGAACAAACUUGUAUCUUUUUGCUUCCUUUCUGGUGUCAUUCUUUAUCGAACAACUUUACAUUUCUGCUUAAAUUAAUAAAUGAUUUUGCUUAAUUAUUUUUGGUUACAGAGGUCACCCUAAUUUGAAUUUCUUUAGAAUUUUUAAAUACAAAAAUUUUUAUGCUAUUUGUAUUUAUAACCUGCUUAGAAGAUGAUUGUAGCACUUCUUUGUUUUUAUCCAUAAGUAGGUGUACAGACUUGCAUUAGAGAAAUGUGGACUAUGUAGUUUGUAUUGCUUACUGCUUUUCUCUUUAGUCAUAUAUAAACCUUACUUCAACAAAUUUUAGAAGUGAUGAUUUUACUAAAAAUAUUGUAUUUCUUCCAUAGCAGCACUUGCAUUGUCCUUUGCUUAGCAGAUGUCUCUUUUUUAAAUUGAGAUAUAAGCAAAUGUUUCAACUGAUUGUUUUUAAACUCGGUUAGAAGGACUUCACAGGACAUCCUUUGGCCUAUUGGUAAGUCUUUUGAUGUGUCUGUUAAAAGUUGUAUAGAAUAAAAAUUUGUAGGAAGUAAAUCAUAUCUUAUUCAAGGAGUACUGACUAAAGGACUAACAUGAUAAAUCUUUUUGUAAAAUAAAUUACAUUAUUCUAAAUUUUUUUAAUGGCUUCACAUGUUGGUUUACUUAAAAUUAGGUUCCCCUGCACUACUUAAACAAUAAAUCUAUAUCUUAGCAAAAAAUAAGAAGACCUGCAAGGAACAGAAUACCAAGGAAAUGAGGAAAGUGGGACUAGGGAAGCCUGAUUGAAAAAAAUAACAGUAGUUAUUCUUUAUUGAAUGGCACACAAUUGUAGUAAGUAUUUCAUAAAUAUAUACUUAGGUACUUAACUAAGCAUUUUGCAUACAUUUCCUCUAAUCUUCUAUACACUGCAAGAUAGGUAUUAUCCCUAUUUCAUAGAUGAGGAAAUUAAAGCAUGAAUUGGUUAAAUAAGUUGUCAAACAUCACAUAGCUAAGGAGAAGCAAAGUCAGAAUUUAAAUUGAGGGCUCUGAUUUCACAUCUGUACUCUUUCUAUGUUCUGCUUCUUAGAAAAUAUAAGAAUGAAAACUACAUGCCAAUUCCUCCAACUGAAUAUUUUAACUCUGGUCUUAAGAAGUGUGAAUGGGUGAAUUUCUAACGUUAGAAAGAUCAAGUGUGGUAGGCCCAAAACAUCUUAGUUUCUUUUAAGACUGAAAGUCUUGAUUCUCAAACUAUAUCAAGACUUUUUAUUCUUAAACUCCCUCCUAUUCCAUAUUUUCUCCUGUUUAAAAUAGUUCUGUAAUACACUGAAGCCAAAAAAAAUUUGACUCCAUCACAUAGGAAAUCUGGACAGUUUUACUUAAUCCUUGAGUAUUAUUUUCUCUAAAAGGGUAAUGAUAGUUUCUGUUUAUCACAAAGGGUGAUUGUGAGGAUUAAAGGUGUAUACACAGGCUCCUAAUAGAGGGAUACAUUAAUGAAAUCUUGAUAAUAAUUAUAAUUCAUCUUAAAUUUACUUUUUAAAGGUAUCAUAAUAGUGUUAGAGGUGGUAUUAAGUCCUGGUUAGUAUUCGUCCUACCUUUUAUAAUCAGGUAAACUGCCUAAUACAUGCAAAACACUGUGGUAAGCACCAUGACAUGUAGCAGUUUGUCUCUUUCCUCUUGUGUCUUUCUGUGGUCUUUUACAAACUGGGUUUAGUUUUUGUCAGUGUAUGCUUCAUAUAAAGCAACCUCUUAAAUCCUUUGGCCAUAUAAUUGCUGUUUUUCUGUUCUGUCUCGACAACUUUGUGCCUUUCCUACAAUGUGGCUAAUAAAACUUCAGUUUUUGGAACACUGCAUAAUUUUGCACAUUAUGCCAAAUUAUGGCAAAAGGGCCAGCUAAUACUCUGUGUUUAAUUUUCAAAACUCUUAGUAAUAUUUAAGUUAGCACAGCAGGUUAUUGGUUGGUAUCUUAAAGUAGUUAACUGCAUCUCUUAGCCUUGGAGCCCAUCUAAAGCUUCAGCUUACUGAUCUGUAAAAUGGAGAUAAUAAUUCCCUUAUCUCAAAGGAUAAUCAUGGUUUCUAACAGUUAAAGAUUAUAUUAAUUAAAGUGCUUACAAACUCUAAACUGUUGAAUAAAUAUAAGGGAUAGCUAUUAUUCCUUGUCUGAUAGCUCAGACCCGAUCGUCUUCUAAAUACAAUUUAAAUAUUUUUCCAUGCUAAAAAUAAAAAAUAAUCUUAUCCAUAGGUAUAACAAUAAACAUUUCUGUUUGAAUAGGUAUAAGAAAAAUUUCUAAAGUGUAAAUUAUAUCCCAUGAUUCCUUUGUAUUCCAAACACUCUUAGAGGACUAUAUUACAGCAGUCAAUACCUCCUUUCUCCUACUAAGUUUUAUGUACUUGGCAUUCAGUGAUAUUUAUAUUUUAUCCUAGCUGUUUUCUCUAUAUAAGUGUAAGACUAAAUUGUUCAUACCGUCUAAAACAUUGUUUUUUGUUCUGGGGCAUACGUUUGUUGUUUUUCUAAAAAUGUAGUCAUUGUAUCUGUUGUUUAAGAAUUUUUUUAAAACCAAGAGCUCCCUGAAAUUCCCCCUCUGCUAGUGCUCUGCCAACCAUUCGCAACAUUUUAGUGAAUACCCAUCUAGACAUCUCUAUGCAUAUAUACAUAUGUUGACAUCUAUUCAAUUUUACAUAAUUGUAAUCAAAAUACAUCUCUGUUCUGUAAUCUCUUUUUCACUCAAGCAUACAACGUAGCUAUUUUUCAUGUCAAUAAAUGAAAGUCUGUUAAUGGCUGCAUCAUUUUCCUUUAUCGUAGUUU